AUGACAGCUCUGAGACUCUUGCCGGCCGUGGCAGCAGCCUUGAUGGUAGCUCCCGCUGCUUUUGGGUUUGUGAAUCAACCAUCUUUUGUCAACAAGAUUGCUGCGGCUACCACUCAUGGCAGUGACAGUACUACCAGUCUGUACAUUUCCUCGUGGGGUACCGGGAGUUCUCCGUUUGCAUACAAAUCCACGGAAAGCGAGAAUAUCGAAGAAAAUGUGCAAGCCUACUUGAAAGCACCGGAAGCCGUGGAAGCUCGUGUCAAUGUGGAUGGCGCCUGUCUUGUGAGUGGACUGGUCAAGAGCAAAGAAAGAACAGAUCAGACCAUGUUUGACUUGUUGAACCACGAGGAUUCGGCCUUUGAAUUCGACAAGAUUGUGGCCUUUGUGGAUGAUAUUAAAUUCGCCAAGAAACGUCUCUUGUCCAGAUCGGCUCGAUACACGGGAUUGUUGGAUAAAUUAGAUUUCAAAGAGGCAGCUGCUCCAGGCGCCUUGCCUACGGAAGCUGACUUGGAAGGAGUCAAGAGCUGGGUAGCCUAUUUGGAUGCCACCACCUCUGAUAAUGUCUUGGCUGAAGUGGAAGGAAUUGCUGAAAAAGCCAAGGCCGUUGCCUCUGUGGAAAAUGUCGCCAUUUUGCUUACCAAUGCCAACGGAUUGGACGCUGCUGCCUCCAAGGCUGCGUUGGAUAAAUUGCAAGGGGGCGACUCCAUGGCGUACACAUUGGUAGCCGUGGGAAAAAUUGAAGAACAUCAAGAAGGGUCGGAAGCGUACCGCUACACGGAGUUUGGAACGGACGACGGUGUCUUGCCCGAUACGGCCGUCUUUUCUCGUGAUGAAUCUCUUCGAAUGAUUACCGAGUUGUUGCAAUUGGAAUGUGGCAAGGACAAGGCUCUGUGCUUUCGAGAAGUUUACAAUGCCAAUAUUACCGAAGCUCGUUUGAUCAAGGGAUUGCGAGAGGCAGGAUAUGCUCGUCCUCAGGAAAUUGAUCACAUGAUUCGUGAUGGGCCCAAGGCUUACAAGGAGGCUGUGGAAAAGUGGAAGACGGAAUACCCGGAUGCCGCCAAGGGAUACACCAGCGAUGCCUGGUGGGAGUCGGAAGAAUUCCAAAAGUCUGUCAAGGCACGCCAAAGCAAAAACGAAAAAGAGAUUCAAAUGGUCAAGGAUGCCAAACAGGAAGAAGUGGAAAAGAUUGCCAAAGAAUGGGCCAAGCGAGAAUACUUUCGCGAAAGCAUGUCGGCCGAUGGCACCAAAUUGACCAAAGAGGAAUACAUCGAAUCCGUCUGGGAACGAGCUCUCUUCGAGGGAGAUCUCAAGUAUCGUGAAACGCACAACGAAGACAGUGAUCCCCAGGGAGAAUUGGUUGAUUUCAAAGCCCUUCAAGAACGAAAACAGGUGGCCAUGCUCAAGAGAGCCAAGCAGGAAUUGAGAGACGUGCUGGAUGAGGAAAAUUUGGGAGGAGAUGUCCCUGGAUUGGAUGAUGAUGAGGAAAAACCCGAGGAUCCGGAUGACAAGAAAAUGUCCUAG